UCCUCUUUCCUUGUCACAACAAUACUGUUUCAAGUCAGUGUUCUUCAUCAUCAUUCGUUUACUUUUACUUUUCCACAUAAAAAAGUGCUCAAUCACAAUCCCUUCUGUUUGCUCACUAAAAGCAUCGGAAUGCUUAUAACCAUGAUCACAAAGGAUUGAUUUUUUCAACAUGAAACUUAGCUUACUUCAAAGUGCAGUUUUCAUUUUCCUAUUUGCUUCAAAUCAAGGGGCCAUCUGCACUUCACAAUUUGGCAACUUAGAUUUUGCUUUGUGAGACUUGGUCAUCUCUGUAGUUUAGCUUACCUGGACAUUGAAGAAGACCAUGACAAUGCAAAUCUCAGGUAAAAAGUUUGAACGAGCACCAAGCAUUCGACAGCUGUUUCCACCCAAAAAUCUUGAGGAAAGAAAAGCCCAUGAGUGCUAUGGUUCAAAACCACUUCUGUUAAAAGAUGUGGCUCCUAGCCCCAUAAAUUCUACAUCUUCUGUUCCUUCCAAUGCCCUUGAACAUACUGUACCUGUACAUAAACAAGUUGAUUGCUCAAGUACUUCUGUAAUUUCAUCUCUUCAAGAUGAUCACCAAGAGUACAUUUGUUCUUCGGAAUCCUCCUCAAGUUCAUUUCCUGCCUUUCGAGAUAAAAGGCCAAUGGAUCUUCGCGUGCAUUUGCCCUUAUAUAGAGCUGCUUUGAAAGGAGACUGGGAGAAGGCCAAUGAGUUCCUAAAUUUGCAUCCAGGUUCGGAGAAUGCCAGGAUUUCAAAAGGGAUGGAAACAGCCCUUCAUAUUUCAGCUGGGGCUCGACACACCAAAUUUGUGGAGGAACUGGUCAAAAGAAUGAGAAUUAAGGACUUGGAAAUUCAAAACAAAGAUAAGAACACUGCACUUUGUUUUGCUGCUGCAUCUGGGGUUACCAAGAUAGCAAAGCUAAUGGUGGAAAGGAAUAUAAACUUACCUGGAAUACGAGGUAGUGAAGGGGUGACACCACUUUAUGUAGCCACAUUACUGGGCCAAAGGGACAUGGUUUGGUAUCUCUAUUCAGUGACCGAUCAUGAGAUUCUAAAAACAGAAGACUAUUUCAGUCUACUGAUUGCUGCUAUAUCAACAGAUUUAUAUGAUUUUGCCUUACAUAUACUGGAAUGUCGACCACAAUUAGCGACUUGUCAUGGCUUGAAUGGGGAGACAGCUUUACAUGUGUUGGCAAAAAAGCCUUCAUCCUUUCGUAGUGGCAUUCAACUAGACAUCUGGGAAAGAUGCAUCUAUCCAUGGAUCCGAGUCAAACUAACAACUGAGUACAAAUGCCAGUCAAACAACUCGCAAUCCCAGGCGCCUUCAACCUUUCAAGUUGCAGACCUACUGGUGACUGGACUCAGUCGUGCUGUAAAAUAUCUUGUGCCAGGAUUUGAAACAGUUCAGAAGAAAAAGAUAUUGAACUUACAGGCUUUAAAGUUAGUGCAACAUCUUUGGGAAGUAAUAGAGUCAUCAGACGAAAUAUAUGGAGACUUGAUUAAAAGCCCUUUGUCAAGGCCCCUAUUUAUUGCUGCUGAAUUUGGAAUACCUGAGAUUGUAAUUGAGCUUCUUCACUCAUAUCCCGAUCUACUUUGGAAAGUUGACAGCCAAAAUAGAAGUCUUUUUCACAUUGCAAUCGUGUAUCGUCAGGAAAAAAUAUUUAACAUGAUUUAUGAAAUAGGGGCACAUAAGGAUCUGAUAACUUCUUAUAGAGACAAUAACAAUCAUAACAUACUGCAUUUGGCAGGAAAAUUGGCACCUUCAGAUCAACUUCAUGUUGUAUCUGGUGCAGCACUGCAGAUGCAAAGGGAAUUAUUGUGGUUCAAGGAGGUGGAAAAGAUCAUACAGCCUCUAUUGAAGGAGAUGAAGGAUUCUGAAGGUAGGACGCCUCAAAUGCUAUUCACCGAAGAACACAAGGGGUUGGCCAAAGAAGGAGAAAAAUGGCUGAAGAACACUGCUUCAUCAUGCAUGCUAGUUUCAACUCUUAUUACCACUGUGAUGUUUGCAGCAAUCUUUACAGUACCAGGUGGGAACAACAACAACAAUGGAUAUCCUAUUUUUAUGCACACUACAUCCUUCAAAGUUUUUGCACUCUCAGAUGCUAUUGGAUUAUUCUCAUCAGUAGUAUCUAUAUUGAUGUUUUUGUCAAUACUCACCUCAAGGUAUGCACAGGAGGAUUUCCUUGUGUCGCUGCCUAAAAGGUUGAGUGUUGGCAUUGCGAGCCUUUUCUUCUCCAUCAUUACAAUGCUCAUAGCUUUUGGUGCAACAUUUUUCAUUGUACUUGGCCAUCAAUUGGCAUGGAUUUUCAUUCCAAUAACCCUUGUUGCAUGUAUCCCAGCAAUAUUGUUUGCCUUUUUACAGUUUCCUCUUCUUGUGGAUACAAUCUCUUGUACAUAUGGAGCUGGUGUAUUUUCUCGUUGAGACAAUUUGUUUUUCCCAUUGAAAAUGGCUGCACGAUGUUUAUGCAAAAGUUGUUGGGAUCACACUAUAUUUUGCAAAGUAUGUACCCUCAUGACGUUCCAUCUUUUCACUAGCAAGAAUCUUGUAACCAACAAAAGACUGAUAUUUCUUCUGUUCCUUAUGUCGAUGAGCCUGUGUUGUAAGAUCAGCUAAACGUUGAUUGUGAAGACAACCAUACACAUGAUAUACAAAGACAACUACGUCACAAUCCUUCUCGAUCACAAAACAGAUUAUCUCCACCUUGUGAAUCUGGCCACCAUCUCAAACUCAGGUCAUGUUCUUUAUCAAUAACUGCACACUCGUAAUACUAGCUUCUAGUUUUGAGUAUGCUUGAUAAUAAGCACGUAUAUUAUAUAUUUACU